AUCUCCGCCACGAUGCUUUAUGUUUAGUAUUUUAUCUUUCGUCUUUAGACUUUACACUUUAGAACACCGCCCACUCGUUUUGUUUUGGUGUGUAAAACGUUUGCCCUUCGCAGAACGUCAACACGGAAUGACGGACGUUGUUGGCGUUUCAGCACAGCGACGCUAAUGCUAAGCUAAGCUAAUGGUGGGCGGUGUGUCGUAGAUUGCGGUUUGACAUCUUGCCUGUGGAGAAAUAGUCCUGGACCGCAUUGAAAACGUCGUUACAAUUUUCUCGUAUUUGUCUGGGAUGUAUGGAUGGAUACUUGGCGGAUUCUCGUCGCUGUUUGAGCCCAUUACGGGGCAAAACCCCACGGAGUGGCCUGGGAAAGGUAGCGUUAGCGCAGAGGUACCCACGCGACCAGGCGUAAAAACAGCAGCUUGGCGGCAGGAGAGUCACUGCAGACCCGCUAAACGGAACUACCAGAGCGUGCAUGUUGCAGAGAGUGUUUGCCAGAGUGAGCAAGUCGAAGUGAAAAGACGCAAAAGAGAUGUCGUCAUCAGCUUCAUGAAGAAGACUGUGGCUCGGGUAGCAGGUUUACUCAGACUGCGGAAAUCACUGACGAGGUGUGAGAAGCCCAGAUCUCAUGAAGAAACACAGCCUGUCGCUCUAAUGGGCAUAGAUGAGCUCCACACCUCAUGGCUGAACAGUACUGAAUGGAGAAUGGAUAAACCAGUAGCUGGAGGUAAUGAGAGUCAGGGAAAGAAUCCUUUUCAGAGCUCUUUACCUCCUUUAAUGAGGAAAUACAGUGGGACAACGCUCCCUGUAGGGCUUCCAGACAGAGCAAAGGACAGGGAGAGGAGAGGAUCCCUCCAGCUGCUGUCCUCAAGGCCUGUGCUCAGGGUGGGAAAUGCUAAUCCUGACCCAACAUGCAAUGGCUUUGGACACAACCGCUGCUACAAGCCCAGUCUUACUGUGGAAGAGGCCAUAAAGCAGAAUAAUAAGGAGCACUACAGGCGGCUGCUGGAGAUGGUGACAGAGAAAUACAGCAAAAGCCAGCCACUACCUUUUAACCAAUCAAAACCACAAGAAGAUCCGUUGUCACAGGUUGAUCACAAAACUGCUGCUUCAGUAAAAACUUUUGAAUCAGUACACAGGAAGACGGGACAGAUAGCUGCUGCAAGUCUAUUUACAUGGAGAAAUGCAUCUGCGGCUAACGACAGCAGGGGGAGUUUCACCUUUAGUAAGCCAAUUAGUGGACCCUUUGAGGACCCACAGCCUGUUGGAUAUAUAAAGCAGAAACAUCCAGCAGAUUUGGAUCUUUCUACAGAGGUAGCUACUCGCCUCAACCUCGUGGACAGAGACGCUCCUGCUGUCGGUCUGCCUGACACACAUUCUGCACAUACAAGGCACAGUGAGGAAGACAUACCCAGACUGACCAAGGAAAUGGCAGCAGAGGUGAGUGGAGCUUUGGCUCAAAGUGAUCCCAACCGUGUCCUGAGUGCAGCUUUCAAACUUCGCAUCACACAGCGAGACCUGGGUACACUACAAGAAGGCAGCUGGCUCAACGAUGAGGUGAUGAACUUCUACCUUUCCCUGAUUAUGGAGCGAAGCUCUGGUGAAGCAGGGCGAUUAAAAGUCUACUCCUUCAGCACCUUCUUCUUCCCAAAGCUGAGGGGUGGAGGAGGCGGGCAGGCUGGAGGACACGCUGCUGUGAAGCGCUGGACCAAAGCUGUCGACCUCUUCACGUUUGACCUCAUUCUGGUCCCUCUGCAUCUAGGCGUCCACUGGGCAUUGGCUGUGAUAGAUUUUCGGUCAAAGACAGUGAAGUCUUAUGACUCGAUGGGCCGGAGACACGAUGACAUCUCGAGUCUUUUACUACUCUACCUUAUAGAGGAGCACAAAGCAAAAAAGGGUAGAGAGCUCGACUGCACCAAAUGGACUGUUGGAAGCUUGAAAGCUAGUGAGAUUCCCCAGCAGAAAAAUGGAAGCGACUGCGGUGUUUUUGCCUGUAAAUAUGCUGACUAUAUCGCAAGAGGACAGCCCCUUACCUUUAAACAGUGCCACAUGCCUCUCUUCAGGAAGUUGAUGAUUUGGGAAAUUCUUCAUCAGAAGCUGCUAUAGAAUAGAAGGGUCGCAUCCAUUGUUAAUGGCCUACCAGAAGAGACUGAGUCAGUGGGAACAACCUCUCGUGUACAGUGACUACAUGUGAAGUAAGAGAAGAAUAAAUGGGCCAAAGAAGUGGACUUUACCGACUGAGAUCUAACCCAGUCUCGCUCUCCAGAUCUGGAGUAACAAACACUAGUCUUAAGAGUUAAUUGUUGCUUAUCGUGUCAGGGACAUGUAAACAUUUUGUAUUCUCUGAGUUGUAAUUAGAGACAGUAUUUGUAACAAGUGUGUGUCUUAAAGAAACUUUGGCACUACUGACUGAAUGACUUGUUAUUGAUUGUGUUUCCUUAUUGUUUGAAGUGCUGCUUGAAGUGCCUUAAGUCUUCUCACACUGAGCUCGGCAAAGUUUUUUUUUGUUUUUGUUUUUUUCCCUUCAGUUGGGAAAUUUGUUAUUUACAACCCAACAAUCUAGGUGUAGUUUACCCCUCCCAGCUAUGAUCAGAGUGGACAGCAGAUGACUGGGGUGAAACUUAAUCUUUUUCUAAAAAUAUAGACAAUGGCAAUUAAAAUACCUCCUCCAGACAUUUGUCUGACAAAACGUGCAUGAUUGAGUGCUUGUCGUAAUGACAAGAUGUAUGAUUCCCGAUUAUUUAUGACUGGAUGAGUGUAUUUUGGAGUGUCUGUGUAUAGUUUUUUUUUUUUUUCUUCAUGACUGGAGUAUUAACAGUUGUCUCUCCAUAUUUACCAUAAAGCGCUGUUAGAGCUGUGAAUCUGUUCAAUAAGUAUACUGCAGCAGGCUAUUUAGGGCUGUUACAAAGACUCGAAUUAUAGUAUACUCCAUUUAAAAGACAAACUACUGUACACACAUGCAUGUUUGUGCUCAUGUCUUUUUUCUUUUUCUUUUUUUUUUUUGCUAAAAUAAAGUAUUUCUCCUUUUUUUUUAAAAAUUAUGUAUUGAUUGAUUUAUCAUUAGAUUAAGUGAGAUAAAGGCAAAUAAUCUGUGUCUGUGGACUGGAUCAGCCACAAGAAAAGGUGUUGAGGGAUAUUAGGAAAAGUAUUGCAAAUAUAUAAGCCUGGAAAAUGGAGGUUAGUAUUAAAAAGAAAUACAGAGAUCUAAUCGCAAAAUAGUGUUUUUGCAAUGUCCAAGGCAUGUUAGGUUUUUAAAUUUUUUUAAAGCCUUAUGAAAAUUAAUCAUCUCAUUCAUGAAUAUUAAGAACAGUGGUUUGAUAAAUUGUUUGUUCAUAAUAAUAAAGCUGCUGUACAAUAA